CGUGAUACAAACCAUAGUUGCGUGAAUGCAGCAUGUCGUCCCUCGUGCACGUUUUAUAAUCACAUUAAAUACAACUCGUCCGCAAGUUUUGUAAAUAUAUUACAAGUGAUCGGGUUAAGUGUACAUGCUGUGUGAUUACAGCUUACAGCGCUGAUAUCGUUUCGAUUUACAAUACAAUAGUUUUGACGUUUAACAGUUUAACAUACGACAACCAGUCGCUUUAUAAUUCGUUGGCGGGAAGACGUUUUUUUUUUUUUAAUUUUUUUAUAAAUCACUGUGAAUAGUGUUGUGAUGUGAUUGGUUACGUUAAACUUAUAAAUUAUUAAUGAUAAUUCUCUCGUUUUGUCUGGGGAUAGUCUUUAUUUAUUUUAUUCGGUUAUUAAUUCAAACGAUAAAUCAAGAGGAUAAUCAGUCAGGCGGCAUGGCGGAGCGGGAGCAGGCGGGGCAAGUGGAGCAGCAGGCGCGUUGCUCCUCCAGCGAGAGCGACAACUUCGAGAAGAUUGAGUCAACAGAUGUCGCUGACAAUAAUGGCGAGCCAAAGUUCAUAGUUGGAGACGAAGUGGUGGAGGAGCCGGACGACGAGGGUCCCUCCCACGAGGGCAGGGACUCUUUCCCUAACGCACCGCCGCCUAACAUCAGGAGAAUGCUGACGCCAGCUCAGCAGCUCGCGCUUGCGGAGAAGAGAAGCCAAUUAAGGCCGUCAAUGUCCCAGGGAACAGUCGUCCACAGCCAUCGUUUCCAAGAGAAGGAUUUCACAGUUGCCACACCUGAGGAGUUUGUGAGGAGAUUCCAAGGCACCAAGCCUAUAAACAAGGUGUUAAUAGCAAACAACGGUAUCGGAGCAGUGAAAUGCAUGCGUUCAAUAAGAAGAUGGUCCUACGAGAUGUUCCGCAACGAACGCGCCGUGCGCUUCGUUGUUAUGGUGACUCCGGAGGACUUGAAGGCGAACGCGGAGUAUAUAAAGAUGGCGGAUCACUACGUGCCAGUGCCCGGUGGCUCCAACAACAACAACUACGCCAAUGUUGAAUUAAUUGUUGACAUCGCUGUCAGGACUCAAGUACAGGCGGUGUGGGCGGGGUGGGGCCACGCGUCAGAGAACCCCAAGCUGCCGGAGUUGCUGCACCGCGCAGGUGUGGUCUUCAUAGGCCCUCCGGAGAAGGCGAUGUGGGCGCUGGGCGACAAGAUAGCUUCCUCAAUUGUCGCACAAACUGCGGAUAUACCCACACUGCCAUGGAGUGGGAGUGAUCUGAAAGCCCAGUACAACAGUAAGAAGAUCAAGAUAUCAUCGGAGCUGUUUGGCAAAGGUUGUGUCUCCACUCCGGAGCAGGGUCUGCAGGCUGCCAACAAGAUUGGUUUCCCUGUGAUGAUCAAGGCGUCAGAGGGCGGAGGUGGGAAGGGUAUAAGGAAAGUGGAAAACCCCGAUGACUUCGGCAACAUGUUCCGACAGGUGCAAGCAGAGGUGCCGGGUUCUCCUAUCUUCGUGAUGAAGCUGGCCAAGUCAGCGCGACAUCUGGAGGUGCAGCUCUUAGCUGAUCAAUAUGGCAAUGCUAUAUCUCUGUUCGGACGCGACUGCUCCAUCCAGCGGCGGCACCAGAAGAUCAUAGAGGAGGCGCCUGCCGCAGUCGCCAGACCGGAGGUCUUCAUUGAAAUGGAGAAGGCUGCGGUGCGUCUGGCGAAGAUGGUAGGGUAUGUGAGUGCGGGCACUGUUGAGUACUUGUACGAGCAGGCGACUGGUGCAUACUACUUCCUAGAGCUGAACCCUCGGCUGCAGGUGGAACAUCCCUGCACAGAGAUGGUCGCCGACGUCAACCUACCUGCCGCUCAGCUGCAGAUAGCGAUGGGUCUGCCGCUGUACCAGAUCAAGGACAUCAGGCUGCUGUACGGGGAGUCGCCGUGGGGCAUGUCGCAGAUCAACUUUGACGAGCCCAAGCAGCGACCCUCACCCUGGGGGCACGUCAUCGCCGCCAGGAUCACAUCAGAGAACCCCGAUGAAGGUUUCAAGCCGUCUUCUGGGACGGUGCAGGAGCUGAACUUCAGGUCAUCUAAGAAUGUGUGGGGAUACUUCAGUGUGGCGGCGUCGGGUGGUCUGCACGAGUUCGCGGACUCGCAGUUCGGACACUGCUUCUCCUGGGGCGAGACCAGGGAGCAGGCCAGAGAGAACCUGGUGAUAGCAUUGAAGGAGCUGAGUAUCCGAGGCGACUUCCGCACAACGGUGGAGUACCUCAUCACGCUGCUGGAGACACCUGCCUUCCAGGAGAAUUAUAUAGAUACCAGCUGGCUCGACGCUCUCAUCGCUGAGAGGGUUCAGUCAGAGAAGCCUGAUGUGAUGCUGGGUGUCAUCUGCGGGUCUAUACUUAUCGCUGACAGCAUCAUCACUACGCACUUCCAGGAGUUUAAAAGUGCACUGGAAAAAGGUCAGAUCCAGGCGUCGGGACAGCUGUCAAACUGCGUGGAGGUGGAGCUGAUCCAUUCGGGUCAUAAGUACCGCUUGCAUGCCACCAAGUCCGGACCCACCUCCUACUUCCUCGCCAUGAACGGUAGCUUCAAGGAGCUAGAGGUCCACAAACUGACUGAUGGAGGUACAUUAUUAUCAAUGGACGGGGCAUCAUACACCACAUACUUAAAAGAUGAGGUGGACAAGUACCGCAUUGUGAUCGGCAACCAGACGGUGGUCUUCGAGAAGGAGAAGGACCCCUCCAAGCUACGCGCGCCCUCUGCUGGCAAACUCAUCAAUACACUGGUCGAAGAUGGUGGACAUGUUGAUAAGGGACAGCCAUAUGCUGAAAUAGAGGUGAUGAAGAUGGUGAUGACAUUGAUGGCGCCGGAAGCGGGCAAGGUGACGUGGACGUUGCGCCCUGGCGCAGUGCUCGACAUGGGCGCCCUCAUCGGCACCCUCGAGCUGGAUGACCCAUCCCUGGUGACGACGGCUCAGCCCUACAAGGGACAGUUCCCCCUCGAGGAUAACCCUCAGCUCUCGGAGAAACUUAACCACGCCCACAACAAGUACAGGGCUAUUCUAGAGAACACGCUGUCAGGUUACUGCCUACCCGAGCCGUACAACACGCCGCGACUGCGUGAAGUCGUGGAGAAGUUCAUGCAGAGUCUGAGAGAUCCAUCGCUGCCCUUGUUGGAAUUGCAAGAGGUGCUGUCGUCAACUUCGGGCCGCAUCCCGGUGGCUGUGGAGAAGAAGGUGCGCAAGCUGAUGGCGCUGUACGAGAGGAACAUCACUAGCGUUCUCGCACAGUUCCCCAGUCAGCAGAUCGCUAGCGUCAUCGACCAUCACGCGGCGUCGCUGCCGAAGCGAGCGGACAGGGAUGUGUUCUUCAUGAGCACGCAGGCGCUGGUCUUGUUGGUGCAGCGGUACAGGAAUGGUAUUCGCGGCAGAAUGAAGGCUGCAGUACAUGAUCUGCUCAAACAAUAUUAUCAAGUGGAGAGUAACUUCCAGCUUGGUUCAUACGACAAGUGUGUGAUGGCGUUACGAGACCGCUACAAGGACGACAUGCAGGCGGUCGCCAAUAUCAUAUUCUCUCACAAUCAAGUUGCUAAGAAAAACCUGCUGGUGACAUUACUAAUAGACCACCUGUGGUCCAACGAGCCAGGUCUAACAGACGAGCUGGCUGCCACACUCAACGAGCUGACCUCGCUACACCGCGCGGAGCACAGCCGUGUCGCACUGCGAGCACGACAGGUACUGAUAGCUGCUCAUCAGCCGGCGUACGAACUGCGCCACAAUCAGAUGGAGUCGAUCUUCCUGAGCGCAGUGGACAUGUACGGACACGACUUCCACCCCGAGAACCUGCAGAAGCUCAUCCUCUCGGAGACUUCAAUCUUCGAUAUCCUCCACGACUUCUUCUACCACACCAACGCUGCUGUAUGUAACGCAGCGCUGGAGGUGUACGUGCGGCGCGCCUACACCUCCUACGAGAUCACCUGCCUCCAGCAUCUCGCGCUCUCCGGCGAGCUAGGCGUCGUGCACUUCCAGUUCGUGCUACCAACCGGACACCCCAACAGGAUCCCGAUCAGUCAGUCAGAGAUUGAGCUGUCGGCGGCGCAGGACGCGGAGGGUGUGCCGGCUGAGCUGAGCACUGCGGCCAUGCGCAAGUGUCACCACCGCACCGGCGCUUUGGCUGCAUUCCUCUCCUUUGAGCAGUUUGCGCAGUACGCUGAUGAGCUGCUGGACCUGGUGCACGAUUUCGCUAGCUCAGCCACUGUCAGAAAGGAGGACCUGCAAGCACUACAAGAGGGCAGUGAGAGUCGCGAGAGCACCAGUAUCAACGUUGGUAUGGACUACAAGCAGAUUGUUGACGCCACUGAUGUGCCGCUGGAGCCUAUCCACAUCCUGAUGAUCGGUGUACGCGACAACGGCGAGAUUGAUGAUGUAGCCGCGUCUCGUCGCUUCGGCAGCUUCUGCCGCGCGCACAGACACGACCUGCACGCUAAGAGGAUACGACGCAUUACAUUCAUGUUGCUCAUCAAGCGUCAGUUCCCGAAGUUCUUCACGUACCGGGCGCGCAAUGACUUCACCGAGGACACGAUCUACCGGCACCUGGAGCCGGCCAGUGCCUUCCAGCUGGAGCUGUACCGUAUGCGUAGUUACGACCUGGAGGCGCUGCCCACCAGCAACCAGAAGAUGCACCUCUACCUCGGAAAGGCAAAGGUGAAGAAAGGACAGGAGGUGACAGACUACAGGUUCUUCAUCCGCUCCAUCAUCAGACACCAGGAUCUCAUCACCAAGGAGGCCAGCUUCGAGUACCUGCAGAAUGAAGGUGAAAGGGUGCUACUGGAAGCCAUGGACGAGCUGGAGGUGGCUUACUCACAUCAUUUGGCCAAACGCACCGACUGCAACCACAUCUUCCUCAACUUCGGACCUACUGUUAUCAUGGAUCCCGCUAAGAUCGAAGAGUCCGUGCUGGGCAUGGUGAUGCGGUACGGUCCUCGACUGUGGAAGCUCAGGGUGUUGCAGGCAGAAAUACGCUUUACACUAAGAAUGGGUCCCGGGGUGCCGACAAAGAACGUUCGACUAUGCCUCUCCAAUGGGUCGGGAUAUUCUCUAGAUAUUUACACAUAUGAAGAGGUUUCAGACCCUAGGACAGGCGUGAUAAUGUUCCAGUCGUACGGCCCUCGUCAAGGACCUAUGCAUGGCUUGCCCAUCUCCACCCCCUACGUCACCAAGGAUUACCUGCAGCAGAAGAGGUUUCUGGCGACAUCACAAGGCACAACAUACGUGUACGACAUCCCGGAUAUGUUCCGGCAGACCAUAGAGAAGCGUUGGCGCGAGUGUAUAGAGGAAGGCAGCGUUGAUGGUCCGGUGCCUGACAACGUGAUGACGUCAGUGGAGUUGGUUGUGGAACCGGACGGUGAGCGGCACGUGGUCGAAGUGACGCGUCUUCCCGGACAGAAUACUGUGGGUAUGGUGGCCUGGCGUCUAACUCUGUUCACCCCGGAGUGCCCGCGUGGGCGUGAGGUUGUGCUCAUAGCAAAUGACCUGACGCAUUACAUGGGCUCCUUCGGUCCUCAUGAAGACUGGCUCUUCUACCGCGCCUCACACUACGCACGACAACGUAAUAUACCAAGGAUCUAUGUGAGCGUGAAUUCUGGUGCACGUAUCGGAGUAGCUGAGGAAGUCAAAUCAGAGUUCAACGUGGCCUGGCUUGAUGCCGAGCGUCCUGAGAGGGGAUUCAAGUAUUUAUACUUGACUCCGGAGUCGUACUCGCGACUGGGUCCGCUGGGCUCAGUCAAGACUCAGCUCAUAGAUGACGAGGGAGAGGCGAGAUACAAGAUCACUGAUAUCAUUGGCAAAGAAGACGGUCUGGGUGUGGAGUGUCUGCGCGAUGCUGGUCUGAUCGCGGGAGAGACGGCGCAGGCCUACGAGGACAUCGUCACCAUCUCCAUCGUCACCUGCAGGGCCAUAGGCAUAGGAUCAUACGUCGUCAGACUUGGUCACCGAGUCAUCCAAGUGGAGUCCUCGUACAUAAUCCUGACAGGGUACGCGGCGCUGAACAAGGUGCUGGGUCGCGCUGUGUACGCCAGCAACAACCAGCUGGGCGGUGUGCAGAUAAUGCACAACAACGGUGUCACACACGCCGUAGCUCCCACAGAUUUGGAUGCUGUAAGGACCGCGAUCCGGUGGCUCUCCUACGUGCCCAAGGACAAGCUGAGCAUGGUGCCGAUAAUGCGUUGCGCGGACCCUAUAGACCGGCCUGUGGAGUGGGUGCCGCCGCGCUCAGCUCACGACCCGCGUCUCAUGCUGACCGGAGAUGCUCAUCGUCCAGGCUUCUUUGACGCCGGCUCCUUCGACGAGAUCAUGAGGCCUUGGGCUCAGACUGUUAUCGCUGGUCGAGCAAGGCUGGGAGGUAUCCCGGUGGGUGUGAUCGCUGUGGAGACGCGCACGGUGGAGUUCACGUUGCCAGCAGACCCCGCCAACCUCGACUCCGAGGCUAAAACCAUGCAGCAAGCUGGACAGGUUUGGUUCCCCGACUCUGCGUACAAAACGGCUCAGGCUAUAAACGACUUUUCGCGUGAGAACCUGCCCAUCAUCAUCUUCGCCAACUGGCGAGGAUUCAGUGGUGGACAGAAAGACAUGUACGAGCAGAUCUUGAAGUUCGGUGCGGAGAUAGUGCGAGCAUUGCGCGGGGCGACGGCUCCCGUGUUGGUGUACAUUCCGCCUGGCGCGGAGGUGAGAGGUGGUGCCUGGGCCGUUAUAGACCCCAGUGUCAACUCACAGCGUAUGGAGAUGUACGCAGAUCCAGAGGCCAGGGGUGGGGUGCUGGAGGCGGAGGGUAUAGUGGAGGUGAAGUUCAAGCAGCGCGACAUCCUCAAGACAAUGCACCGCCUCGACCCUGAGCUGCUGCGACUUGGAGCUAGAAUCUCAGAAAUGAAGGAACAAAUGAAAGAAAUAUCAAAGAAUCUGGACAGGCGAGGAUCUAUAGAUGAUGUACUGGUCAGAACUGACGCCGGCAAACAAGCUGAGUGCAAAGUACGCGAGUUGGAGGCAGAUCUGUUGGCAGCGGAGAAGACUGUCAAAGCAAGAGAAAAGGAGUUAAGUCCUAUAUAUCACGAGAUUGCCAUACAAUUCGCAGAGCUGCACGACACAGCGGAAAGAAUGCUAGAAAAGGGCUGCAUAUUUGAUAUAAUUCCAUGGCGGUGGUCACGGCGGUUGCUGUACUGGCGACUGGCGCGGCUGCUGCGACAGAACGCGCAGGAGAGGCGCGUGCAGGAGGCUGUGCAGCCAGCCACGCACAUGGACCAGGGUGCAGCCGCCGCCACCCUGCGCCGCUGGUUCACAGAGGAUCAGGGCGAGACGCAGUCCCACCAGUGGGAGCACGACAACGAGGCGGUGUGCAAGUGGCUGGAGGCGCAGGCGGGGGCGGAGGACUCACUGCUGGAGCGCAACCUGCGCGCCAUCAAGCAGGACGCGGUGCUGCAAGCCUGCAACGCCCUCGUCAUGGAGCUGACACCAUCUCAACGCGCUGAGUUCGUGAGAAAACUCACGGCUUUAGAAAUGGAACAAUAGACAAUUUAGUGUUUAAAUGGAGAACAAAUUAUUUACGCGUACGUAUACUUUGUAUUUUGUAUAUUAGAUGUAUGUUUGCUUGGCUGUGUGAUUGUUAUUA